AUGGCUGAGAAACCAACCGUCCUCCUGAUUGGGGGCCUGGGCUACAUUGGCCGCUUUCUCGCCCGAUAUAUUCACGACAACAAGUUGGCCUCGGACAUUCGCAUUGUCGACAAGGUCCUCCCGCAAUUGGCAUGGCUGGCCCCCGAGUUCGAAGAGGCUUGCUCGCCGGCCAACUUUGUGCAAGCCGAUGCCUGCAGAGAGCAAUCCAUGGGCCGCAUCUUUGACCGGGCCGACGGCAAGCAAUGGGAUUACGUUUUCAACUGCGGCGGCGAGACACGCUACUCACAGGACGACGAGGUGUAUCGGCUACGAUCGCUGGGCCUGUCGCUAGCAGUCGGCCGCGAGGCGGCCAAGCGCGGCGUCAAGGCCUUUGUCGAGAUGAGCACUGGCAUGGUGUACAAGCCCGACUCCAAGACCAGCGAGGAGACCGACAAGCUCAAGCCUUGGAGUCGCAUCGCUGUUUUCAAGCUGGAGGCCGAAGAGGAGCUGGCCAAGAUCGAAGGGCUCAAUCUCAUCAUCAUCCGCCUCGCCCACGUAUACGGACCGUAUGCGUCACAGUGGGUGGCGACGGCUCUGUGUAUGGCUCGUGUCUACCAGGCCCUCGAAGAAGAGAUGAAGUGGCUGUGGACCAAGGACCUGCGCACUAACACCGUGCACAUCGACGACGUGACCCGCUCGCUCUGGGAUGUCACCACUUGGUAUGCCGAGAAGGGCGGUCGCGAGAGCUGGGACGCCAAGGCCACGGGCAGCACGGUGCCCCUGUUCAACGUUGUCGAUAAGGGCGCGACGACACAGGGCACAAUGGCGGUGCUCAUCGGCAAGAUCUUCGGGAUCAAGACGGGCUUCCAGGGCCAGAUAAUCAGCACGUUUGCGCGGCUUAACAUGGACAGCGUGGUCGAGGACGUCAACGACGAGCUUCUGGGGCCGUGGGCCGACCUUCUCACGGACGCAGGCAUCACGCGGCCGGGCCCCCUUACGCCAUUUAUGGAAAAGGAGCUCCUCAAGGACACGGACCUGAGCAUGGACGGAAGCCGCUUGGAGCGUAUCGUCGGGUUCAAGUACUCGAAGCCGGAGAUCACGGAGGAGCUGGUGGAGGAGGUGAUUGAGAGCUACAAGAAGAUGAACUGGUGGCCUUAG